AUGGUGGGAAGUUCGAGAUUUGCCUUUAGUGACAAAGCCUUCCCUACUGAAUUAUACAUUAUUUCUGGAUAUGGGAUUGUGGGCCUCUACACCACUUUUGCUCUUGUUGUAUCCCGUGUUGUGAGGGGAUUUGUGGCAGGCACUUCCUCCAAUAUCAUGUUUGAUGACAUGCCUUACGUUGACAGAGUGUUACAGCUUUGCAUGAAUAUUUAUCUGGUGCGAGAAAGUGGCGAAUUCACUCUUGAGGAAGAUCUGUUUGCUAAGCUGAUAUUCCUGUACAGGUCUCCUGAAAUGCUUAUAAAAUGGACCAGACCACCAGAACUUGAGGUUGAAGCUGGUGAGGAAAUGCCGAGAUUACCAGGAAUCAGGCCUUGAAGAUGAACCUUGAAGGUCUAGAAUUGAUUUAAACUCUAUUUAUCAAGAACAGUUUCCAUUGUUGAAUUGAAAUUUCGGUUUCAAGUGAUUGGAAAUCUAGUCAAAAGAAACCUAUUCAAAU